GCCAGAGAUUCGCACAACAAAACCAUAUCUUUUAUCUAUAGAAUUGGUGUCGAGCUUCCAGCUUCAUAUUGUUUCCAGAUUCUGGCACCUCUACCGCAUCUCUCGUCCAACUAACGGAUAGAUCGCCCCAGGGAGUCUUUGGUGACAUUUUUUUGUACCCAUACCAUCCACUCCAAGUCCCCACAUAUUUGCCAUCAUCCGACUAUCAUCUCCAUCCAUCAUGGCUCAACCCGCCAAGAACAGCAACCCUAUUCGAUUAUGGGGUGGUAGAUUCACGGGAGAGAUUGACCCUCUCAUGAACCAGUACAACGAGAGUUUAUCGGUAGAUCGCGUCUUCUACGCCCAGGAUAUCAAAGGCUCCAUCGCCUACGCCCGGGCCAAUGUCAAAACCGGCAUUCUCACACAAGAAGAGUUUGUGAAGCUGGAAGAGGGACUGAAAAUAGUUCUCAAGGAGUGGGAGGAGGGUAAAUUCGAGCCUGCUGAGGGAGAUGAAGAUAUUCACACUGCCAAUGAGCGCCGCCUGGGGGAAGUCAUUGGAACAAACAUUGCUGGAAAGCUACAUACAGGUCGAAGCCGCAACGACCAGGUGGCCACCGAUAUGCGCAUGUGGCUCCGUGACGAGCUGAUCUUGAUCGAGGGAUACCUUGUCGACCUUCUCAAGGUCAUUGCCCACCGCGCCAAGCAGGACAUUGACUAUCUUAUGCCGAGCUACACUCACCUGCAGAGAGCACAGCCGGUCCGAUGGAGCCAGUGGCUCUUGAGCUAUGCUACUGCAUUCCAAUCCGACCUCGAGCGUUUGCGAUUCACCAAGAAGAAUAUCAACAAACUGCCCCUCGGCUGUGGUGCCGUGGCAGGAAACGCUUUCGGCAUCGAUCGAAUCCAGCUGGCCAAAGAGCUAGGCUUUGAUGGUCUCAUCAUGAACAGCAUGUCGGCGGUCGGCGAUCGUGACUUUGUCGUCGAGGUGCUUCAGUGUGCUUCAACCAUUGGCAGCCACUUGUCACGGUGGUCGGAAGAUCUCAUCAUUUACAGCUCUCUAGAGUUUGGCUACAUCAAGCUGGCGGAUGCAUACACCACUGGUAGCUCGCUGAUGCCUCAGAAGAAGAACAGCGACUCGCUCGAGCUCCUUCGCGGCAAGUCCGGCAGGAUCUUCGGCGCCAUGACUGGCCUGAUGAUGAGCAUCAAGGGAAUCCCAUCCACCUACAACAAAGACUUGCAAGAGAGUUUGCAGCCCAUGUUGGACACAGUCAAGACCUUGAAGGAUGGUCUCCAGAUUGCAGCGCGGUCACUGGCCACAGCCACUGUCUAUCCAGAGAAGAUGCGUGCAGCUCUAAGCCCAGAUAUGUUGGCGACAGAUCUUGCCGAGUAUUUGGUUCGCAAGGGUGUACCCUUCCGAGAAACUCACCAUCUGGCUGGCCGAAUGGUCGCUCUGGCCGAAGAUGAGAACAAAGGCAUGGAUGAACUCACCAUUGAGCAAUUCCAAGGUGUUGACAAGAGAUUCGGCGACGAUGUGCUCAGCGUGUUUGAUUACGAGCGCUCAGUGGAGCUGAAGGAUGCUACUGGCGGAACCAGUCGCCGUGCGGUCCUGGAACAGUUGGAAGCGUUGACCAAAACCCUGGAAAUCUGAUAAAAUCCUAGGGUUCAAUUCCGUUGGAGGUCUUGCUGAAGUCCAUCAGACAUUGGUCAGUAGCCUCUCAAUGGUAAGCUAUGGCGCGACAUGAACAGACUGAAACCAGAGCCAUCUCUCAGCCUGGCCCAGCUGAAUCCAACAACCCUCUCAAGUUGGAUUACAGGUUGGCCACAUGCUGCACAUGCAACUUUUCCGGCCACGCAAAGAGGUCCACAAAUUUGCAUGGACUCUGUGGCCCUUACGAUCCCUACGCAUCGAAGAUCAAGAUGGCAAUGACUUGAUCUGUUUUUGAUUUGUGCCCAAUGGCAACACGUGUUUGAACAUGGUCGGUCACCACCUCAUUUAGACUCAGCUUCAGCCUGACAGCCUAGAAGGAAAAGAGGGGCGACUCUGAGAGAGGGAAAUAAUUCUGGCGUUGAAAUUCUACGUUAUACUUGGAGCGAGAUUCGGGAGUGUUUCAACUUGCAAAAAAUGUAUGAGAACUAUGAUAGAGGGCCAAUGAUGCACACUACGAACCUACCUAUUGUACACACUUGUACCAAUAGGAUACAUCCUGUUCAUUCCUCAACCUGACCAAGCCAAACAUCAAUUGGUCCCCCUUUUAAUCUAGGACAAGUACU